GCAUCCGUACUUAAUUUCAAGGAACGAUAACUUUCGCAGAAAAUGGUUUAUUGAUUAGAAAGAUGGAUGUCCUGCCUGUGACGGGUAAAGAAGCCGGUGACAAAAAUAAAGGCCAUACGGGAAAACUGAUAUUGGAGCUAAUGCGGUGUCAUUUAAUUAAAGAAAGUAAUCGAUGGAAGCUGCUCACAGCAGAUUGAUGGAUUGGAUGAGCUAUGCAUUCAAAUCAGGCUUAGCAAUGUUAGGCAGUGGAUCGAUAUUUUAGUUGCGUUUGUUAUGAACAUGUAGCCGAUAUUAGGUCAAAUUGUAACGACGCUUCUUAGUGGCAAUUUGACAGUUGCUUUGGAAAUGAUAAUCUGGAUAUAAGAAAAUGCUUUGCUUUGUAAUAUGUGGUGAAUAUUCAUAAAAAAAGCUUUAAAAUAUAUCGAUUAUCUGUCUAAUCUAAUGACUAGAAACCGAAAACGGAUUUUAUCUUCGUGGUAUAGUUCUUCUUCAAGCUUAGUCAAUAUCGGUUUUUACAGACAAAAAAUGGCGUCAAGGAUGGAAACUAGCAGAGAUAAAUUGGAGAAGAAAUUGUGCUAUAGCAAUAUUCUUAAUGCUCAAAACAAUAUUUUGAAUUGUAUUCUUAUGAGCUUAUAGACAUUAGAAUUCCACAAAUAGGUCGGCGAUCAAAAUGAUGGAGCGGUGUGCGACACACCAUGGGAAUGUUAUCAAGAAAUACUGCGCGGAUCAUGACGUUGUUUGUUGUGAAACUUGUAACGUUGUCAGGCAUAGAUCAUGUCCGCACGUUGAUAAACUCCGCCAUGUUGGAAAAGGCAUCAAAACAAGUGUUGAAUACAAGACAUCGAAAGAGUCUCUCGAUGAAAUCAUAUCACGUAUGAAACAAGAGAAAGAUGUAAGAAGUAAAAACCUCACUAGUAUUCACCAGCAGAAAGAAAAACUUAUGAAAGAUGUGGAUAAAUUUCAAGACGAGGUCAUCGACAGAAUUAAAGAUCUUGCUAAAACCUCCAAACAACAAAUACGCUCAAAACAUGAAGAGUACAAAAAGGCUAUAGAAACUGACGAAGCGGCCUUAGGUAACUGUUAUAUCGUCAGCUACCAAAACAUAGGAAAACUCUCGGCAUACAACGAUUCCAGAGUCACAAGAGUGUGUGCUUACAGCAAAGCGGGAAUCUUGUUAAGGACAUUUGAUAGGGAUGAUAAUGACAAACAGAUACUUUGCUCGUUGAGAAAAAUUGCAUUAAGUGCUAUGAAAGAACUUAUUUUCCUUACAGAUAAGGUUAAUGGGUUGAUAGUGUUGAAUAAGGAAGGGAAAAAGAUGUGGAACUUUAACGAUCCAGAACUCAAGGAGGCGCGUGGUAUUUGUGUGCUGCCCGGUGAUCUCGUGUUCGUCAGCGGUGCAAGCUCUAACAACAUCUUACAGAUUGACAAUGAUGGAAAGAAAGAGGGGAUAUUGGUGGGGCCAUCGAAAGGAUUGAACAAGCCUUUAGCUAUGGCAUAUGACGAAGAAAAUUCGAGAAUUAUAGUGGGAUGUGGUUCAAAUGAGAUAUUAGUAUACUCAAUAUCUAGAAAAUGA